UUUAAAGAUGUCUUCUGACGAUAUGUCUGUGACUGAAUUUGUCUUUGCUAGCCUGCAUUGACUUUCACCAUCAAUUGUACUCUAUUAUGCUGAUAUGCUUACUGAUGAACCGUGGGCAGUGAUUCUAAUAAUCCAUGUUGGUAUAAUGACUGUUCUGCCCUGUAUUACUUCCAAAUCUUGCUUUUCCUCUAAAGCUGGCCGAAUUAAUAGUUACUAUUAUUCUUCGGAAGACAGAAAUGUUUGGCUUGGGGUGUUCUUGCUUCUUUGAAUCUCAUAUAUUGUGGUCUUUGUUUAUUUUGCUUUAUUAUCCCCAAAUGGAUAUGAUGUCAGAAAUAUGAUGAGACCAUUAUCUGUUACUUGUGGUAGCAUUUGGAGUGGCGCUAAAAUAGGUUAUCUUUCAACUACGAAGGCAGGAAUAGAAGAGUACUUUUGGAGGACGUACAAUUACAAUAUUUUUAGUACCGAUGAGUUUGCUUUCUUCCUUGUUUCGAUCUUCUGGGCCCUCCCAUACGUUGUAAUUGCCAUCCGAUUUGAAGCUGAGCCAUUAAUUGUAGCUAUAGUUUUUGUAAUUUUUGUAGUAAUAGGAAGAAUACUUAUCUGGGUUCAAUGGAAAUAUGGAUUCCCUAAUAAAGAGACGAUACAUGCAGGAGUUUCAUUAGGCUUAGCGCUAUGAUAUGUACUGGAAGAAUGAAAAGAUUGUCGAGAAUCUGGUGAAUGCUAGUAA